CGGGAAUUGAUUCUUGUUUCAUGUCGCUUUCCCAAAAGACGCCUCAAAAUUUUUUCUAACCUCUCGAGCUAGAGCUUACGCGGCUCUUCAGCAAAACCCAUCCGCUAUAUUCCCUCGUAAAGCCCUGCUAAUGCCGGCCGACUCUAUUCAGAUUAUUCGCGAGCUCGACGCAAUCAUCCAGUCGUGGAUCUCGAUCCACAGCCAGUCCGUACCCCUGGCCAGCACACUCGGCAACCUCGACGAGCAAAUACGCACCGCCGCCCCUGACCUGCUGGUCUCUGUGCUGCGCACCAAAUCCGAGUCCACCAUUGCCGAACUGCGCAAGACGCUGCGGCAAUAUGGACAUGCCAUCAAGCAACUGGACAGCCUGCAGCGGCGGCUCGCAGAUGAGCCGGUAGCUGGACAUGGAGUGCGACCAGCAGACCGGCAGGCAGCCUACACCACUGAGUAUCUGCGCCGGCGAGCGCUGUUCGACGCGCUGACUAAAGACACUGUUUCUGUAGCUGGGUUUGUGGGCCAGUGGGCGGAAAGCAAAGUCGACUAUGCUGUCGAGGAGGAGUAUCUGGAGCGGCUGCGGCUCGUGCGGCUAGCGAGGCAGUGGCGCAGCAAUCAGCAGGAGCACUAAAAACCAGUCGGCUCCCCAAACCAACGAAUCGCCCUUUUUUAUCUUUUGUAGUAUUUUCUGUUUGUUUACUGAGAAAUGCAAGAACUGGC